ACAGAUUUGCCUGAAUAUGGUAUCCAAAAUCCCUCCUGUUUACGAACGCCCAACGGCCAGCAACAUUUCAUUUGAGAAAGGAGGCGUAUUUAACGUUUCAAAGUCAUGCAAUCGUCAGCCGCGUCUGUCAUUUGCUUCUCGUGGCGUGAGAUCGUGGCCACCCGAGGAAGAGUCUUCACGCAUCGAUACAGUUCCUUUGCUGACCCCAACCAUGGAGACGGAGUUGUUAAACGAGCCAUGGGUAUUCCCACAGUCAAAGACAAAUGUUACCAAAGAAGACGAGAAAGCAACAUCCUCCAUAUGGGAGGAGAACUUUCAGGAUUUAAGCAGUUACAUGGAUCCGUUCCAGGGUCAAUGCGAUUUUCAUACAGGUGAAUCACCCACUUUUAAACUAUCAGGUACGAAAUACGAGGGUAACAGCGUUUUGUCUUCACAAGAGGGGGUAUUGAAAGAUUUGAUGAGUGUAGCAGACGAAGAAAAGUGGAGCGCGAAAAUGAACAACGUUGGGACAACCGAGCAUUUGAACAACAGUUGUCACAGCUUGCAAUCUGUGUCAAAUGUAUCUAGCAAACAUGAAAAAAAAGAUAGUCCAGCAGAAUCAAACACAUCCAACUUGUGGUUAAAAGUAUCAAAAGGAUCAACAACUACUGUAAAUACAAGUAAACAGAAUGACACAGAUGUUAGUACACCAUUCCAAUCGAGAUAUCAGAUAGAGGAAAUUGACUUGAACGAUGCUUGCCCGACUUCGUUCGAUUCCACAGAGAAUCAACGUGAAACAUGGGAUAUGUUACGAACAGUCGAAACCACUGGAUCGGACACGUUCGAUUUGUUGUCGUACCUUUGCGAUGAUGAAAUGCAUUCUCCGGAAGGUAGCGUUUCAACAGAUUCUUCGGUAUUAUCGAAACCAUGGUCGCCUUCCAAAUUAUCCACAACGAUUCCACAAGCUAGUAUGAAAGUGAAAACGGAGAAAAACGAGACUGUCGUCCCAGAGUGCACAAAAAAUCGAACAGCAGCGUCAACAAUAACUUCGUCUUCUAUGGAGACUCCAGUAGUAGGAACAGAACGAACGAGGAGAGCAGAACGAACGAGGAUAUCGGUCAACAGCAAAAUAGAGAAACCUUACAGCCGAGCGCGACGGGUGAAGGCAGUCCGAAAACGUUACACAGAGUCCGAUUCGGACGAUCGAACGUUCGUUUCGCAUUAUCGAGAAUCUAGGGAGAAGAACAACGAAGCCUCAAGGAAAUCACGUAUGAAUAAAAAAGCGAAAGAAACUGAAAUGGCGAAGAAAGCGAUCGAAUUGGAACGGGACAAUAGGAUAUUGAAGAUGAAAGUCGAGGAACUCGAAAAACUUGUAACAUCAAUGCGCAGUGCGUUAUUGAGAUCCGCUUUAAAGAAAGAAUUCUAAAAAGCGUUUCUUGUACUUGUUUAGAAUGUUCAUUGUGCGCUGGUUAUCGCGCAAAAUGAUGUACUUCUCCUUUCCACUGUUUUUUUUCCUUUUUUUUUUUUUUUUUUUUUUUUAAUGUUUUCUAUCUGUUUUGUUGUAUAAGAAGAGAAUAUAUAUAUAUACAGAUGAACAGAUAUACGAAUAUUCACGCAAUGAAUGAAUUUGAAUUAUAUUGUUAUAUUCAAUUAAUCUCUUUUUUUAUUUUAUUUUCAAUCGUUUAUUUAAAGAAAAUUGUUGAACUCUACAUAUGUAUAAUUUUAUGUCACCGAAAGAGAAGGUGUAUAUGUUAACAUUCUAUGUAAGUGUUUCUUGCACAAUAUGUUUGUGUUUGUUAUUUCUUUUUGUUCAAGGACAUCUUAUUGUUUUACAAUGUUUGUAAUGAGAUUUACGUUCAUGUAAUUGAAGCGAACAAGCAGAGAAAAAAAUAUAAAAAAUAAGAUAAAGAGGCUGAAAAUGGUGUAGUUUUCAGAACUUGUAAUGGGGUAGUUUGUCCUUUUUAUCGAAAAAAAAAAAAGAUUACAUAAUCAUAUUUUGUUCAACCUUGUAUUGUACCUGAUAAGAAGUAUAAAUAUAGAGGUCCGAACAAGAUAAAUUAUGAUCGGUAAGAAUAUAAUUUUUUUACUGGCAUGGGCACAAUAGUGGCAUGAUGUAUAUUAAUAUUCGAAUAAAGAAUAUGCUUCAAAAUCUA